AUGCCGCCCAAAGGGAGGAAACGGAAGAAUGCAGCUCCAUUGCUAGUGGCGCCAGAGCCACAGGGUGAUGAACUGGAGGCUGACAUGUUAUGGGAUAAAGUGAAGGAGGUGAAUGACAAACCACAGUUUAUGGAUGGCACAUUGGUUGAUGCCACACGUGCCGCGUUUGAACGACCAAAAGGUCAGGAUGGUACUGCUGAAACCGCACGAAACGCCUUUCGUGGUAAAACUAGACACUUAAAUACAAUACGUGCAAGUGACAUGUUUAUAAAGAGUGAACAUGAGUUGAAAGAUAAGCUCGAGACUUCUAGAGUUCUGCAAGAUGAUGCUAAGAACUUUGAAUCACUCAAGCUUAGCGAGGAUGCGGCAUUUCAGCGGGAGAAAGCUCAUGUUACUGCGACAGCGCUGGAACUUAUGACUGAGUUGUCAGAUUCCCGUCUCACAGUCUUGGAGGAUAUGGAGGAUAUGGCUGAGAGUUUUUUUAGGGAACAGGACGAGAUACUAGAGAGAGUGUGUGCACUUGCUGCUAGAGGAAUGGAAGUUGAAGCGGCGUUCACGGAGCAACUUAAAAUGCGUGAAGAAUGCCGCAACGCUGAGGAGAGUUAUUUUCGCGAACAUGGUGAACAUGUUCUGCUCAUGGCGAAAAUGCGGGAAGAGACGAAGCGACAACAGAACGAUAUGCUUCAGUCUAUGAUCCGGCGCCUGGAAACAGGUGUAGACGAAAUGGCAAAAUUGUCUGUGGAGGAACUAGAAGAUAAGGCGGCACAACAAGAGGAAACAUCACACCUCAUUUUAGAGCUUUUAAAACUUCAAGGACAGUCUGUCGUUCUUGAGAAAAAGACAACUGCUAUAGUUGAUGUACGGACUGGACUUCAGCGAAUGAUCGCCCUGGAAGAGCAAAGACAUAAAUUAUGUAUUGAACGACAGAAUAAUCUUAGAAAUGAAUUAAAAUCCUUGUCAGAGGAGGUGAAAGUAAAUAAUCUUCGUUUACUUGAAAUGGCUAGUAAUAACACUUCAGGUGGUGCACAGAGUGGGGUACUACCAACGGUUUCAACGUCUCCAAACACAACAACAAAUUCCCCCCCUUCAGAAGGGGAAACAGGUCUUGCGAUUCGUACACUAGAAGCUCGACGGGAGGUUGAACUGGCCAAUAUAGAGCUUGCUGCAUGUAAGAAUGAAUUGUGGGCACUACGGCGACAUCAUCUUGUACAGCUUAGUGGGCAGUACCAAAAUGUAAAUCUAGACAAUCCCCCUAUACGAACAACGCAAGAUUUUUUUCUAGAUGCAGAAACAAGCGCUGCAGUUCGUUCUGUUAUUCUAGAGUCAUUAGUAGAAGUGAGUCAGUGUUUAAGUACAUCAGGCAACACAGAGGGGCGUGGUGUUAACCUUGAACCUCUGCUUGCCGUAACAGAUCCAGAGGACCGAAAGGCUAUUCAAGAUUAUGUAGUGAAACGCAUAAAUAAACUUUUUAGCUGUGUGUGUCCUACGGCUCCUCCACUUCUUUUUCUUCAAGAAGCAGCACAUGUACAGUCAGGAAUGUAG